AUGUCCCGCAUCCUCCGACCGGCCGCGCGCCUCACUCGGGCCGCCGCUCCUCGCGCUCCCAUCGCCCCUUCGACCUCGACGCUGGCCCAGGUUUCGCGCGCUGCCCUCGCACGCAACGCCUACUACGGCGCCUCGCAGACCCGCGCGUACGCCGAUGGCUCCGGCGUCAAGGAGUACACCGUCCGUGAUGCGCUGAACGAGGCUCUUGCUGAGGAGCUCGAGGCCAACCCCAAGGUCUUCAUCCUGGGUGAGGAGGUUGCGCAGUACAAUGGUGCCUAUAAGGUCACAAAGGGUCUCUUGGAUCGCUUCGGUGAGAAGCGUGUCAUUGACACCCCCAUCACCGAGUCUGGCUUCACUGGUCUAGCUGUUGGUGCCGCUCUCAGUGGCCUGCACCCUGUGUGCGAGUUCAUGACCUUCAACUUCGCCAUGCAGGCCAUCGACCAGAUCGUCAACUCGGCCGCCAAGACCCUCUACAUGUCGGGCGGUAUCCAGCCUUGCAACAUCACCUUCCGCGGUCCCAACGGUUUCGCUGCCGGUGUCGCUGCCCAGCACUCGCAGGACUACUCUGCCUGGUACGGAAGCAUUCCGGGCCUCAAGGUCGUCUCGCCCUGGAGCGCCGAGGACGCCAAGGGUCUCCUCAAGGCCGCCAUCCGUGACCCCAACCCCGUCUGCGUCCUCGAGAACGAGCUCAUGUACGGCCAGUCAUUCCCCAUGUCCGAGGCUGCGCAGAAGGACGACUUUGUCAUUCCCUUUGGCAAGGCCAAGAUUGAGCGUGCCGGCAAGGACUUGACCAUUGUGUCUCUUUCCCGCUGCGUUGGCCAGGCCCUAGUUGCGGCUGAGGGCCUGAAGAAGAAGUACGGCGUGGAGGCUGAGGUCAUCAACCUGCGUUCUGUCAAGCCUCUCGAUGUCGAGACCAUCAUCCAGUCCAUCAAGAAGACCCACCGCCUCAUGGUUGUCGAGUCUGGCUACCCCAUGUUCGGUGUGUCGGCUGAGAUUCUGGCCCUUUCGAUGGAGUACGCUUUUGACUACCUUGACGCGCCUGCCCAGCGUGUCACUGGUGCUGAGGUGCCUACUCCUUACGCCCAGGGGCUCGAGGAGAUGUCGUUCCCCACAGAGCAGCUGAUCGAAGACCACGCCGCCAAGCUGCUUCGCGUGUAA